GGGCGGGCCCGGACGUGAGGCGGCGGCGGCGGCGGUGAUGGAUCUCGGGGACGGCGGCCCCGCGGCCGGGCCCGGGCCGGCGCUGGGCCGGGGCGGCCUGGAGGCGCUGCAGCACACGGUGGGCUCGGUGCUGUCCGGCUAUGGCUGGUACGUGCUGCUGGCCGCGGUCGCCGUCUACCUCCUCGUGCAGAAGGUGUCGCGCAGCCUGGCGGCGCGGCCGGGCGGCCGGCCCGGAGCGGCUGAGGCGGCGGAGGAACCUGAUGUGGUGGUAAGAAGGCAGGAAGCUUUGGCAGCAGCUCGCCUCAGGAUGCAAGAGGAAUUGAAUGCACAAGCAGAAAAAUACAAAGAAAAACAAAGACAGCUGGAGGAGGAGCGGCGAAGGCAGAAGAUCGCCAUGUGGGAGAGUAUGCAAGAGGGAAAAAGCUACAAAGGAAACCUGAAACUGAAUCAGCAGGAAGCAGAAUCUGGUGCCUCUUCUGCCUCAGCAGUCCCGAAAUCUAAACCAAACAAAAAGCCUUUGAGAGGAGGUGGCUAUAACCCCCUGUCUGGAGAAGGAGGAGGGACGUGCUCCUGGAGGCCCGGCCGGCGGGGCCCGUCCGCAGGUGGAUGAGGCUAACGUCCCUGGUGUCCCCUGGUCUGAUCCCAGGCCUGAUCCCACCCCUGUCCCACUGCCUGCAGCUGGCCUGUCACAGCCACUCCUCUGGGGCUGCUUUAGUGCACUUGGUAACUUAAAACAGUUCUUUGUUCUAUUUACACCGCUUCCAAAUUGUAACACAUUGGCUGCUCCUAAACCAGAAGAAUAGCUGAUCCUCUUAGAGAGGGCAAAGAAAGAAGCAAUUGCAAUAUAAUCAGUUAAUUUUCACUCUCCUGUAGAGAGGGAGCAUAGUGUCCAGCCAAGGGGAUUUACCUGGGAUUGUGAGAUCUGGGCUUUCUGGCAAAUUUAGUUAUCUGUGCUCACUUUACCUCUGUAAGAUGAGGAUAUUUACCAUCCUCAGACAUGUUACCAGAUUUAUCUUCCAGCUAAACACAGUCAUUUAGAGAGGAUGGAUAUUAUUGUUGGCAGACACCUUGAAUUUAGGCAGAGGGACUUUCAGAAAAAGCACAGGUGAUCUGACAAACGCCACGGAUUUGCACUGAAGGCCAGUUAUUGCAGAAGAGCCUCUGUGACAAGCCAGCUUGAAUGAUGUUUUCCUUAUAAAUGGUAAACAAACCAGUGAGGAUUACUGAUGCUAGACAGGAGAUGGGGAUUCUUGCUAUUACGUUUUCUUUCUUUUUUUUAUUUCAACUGCUUUGUAAAAACAACACACUAUUAAUAUUAAAUAUAACUGCAAACAUCACAAA